AGUCAGUUUGUAUCCGUGUGUGAAAUAAUAUAAUUCUCAAUUUCUAAGCGUUGUGGAUUUUAAUUGUUUUUCGGCUAAAAACUGUGUUGAAAUAGUAGUGAUAAGUGUAUUUUGCAGAAGAGGUUAAUCCAAUUUUAAUUAUCAGUAGUUAUAAUGGCAAAACCGAUUUGCUCCCUACAUCCUAAUCUUCAACAUUUCUAGAGGCUUCAGCUCCGAAGGUGAAGUGCAUAUUCGGACCGCAGGAUGCCGAUCGCACCGCGCGGCCCUCCGCACACCUCGGUACCGCCUCCUCGCCAACGACUCCAUAAGAGACCUAUCUUAACCCUCAAGUGUCCUUAGUUAUUGUAAAGUGUAAAUUUUGUACGCCUCUUUUACACCGACCUAAUAAAUUUAAGUAGUUAAACACCGUGCUAGUGUUUAAGUGUCGCGCGCGAGUGUGUAUAUGUGUGUCGAUGGUGCGGCCGACAUGGGAAAAUCCUCGGCGAGAACACAUGGCCAAGAGAAUGAACGAAGAAUCAAAGCGAACAACAGAGAGUACAACGCGCAGUUCCGCUAUGCCAACAAUUACAUCAAGACGUCGAAGUACUCGAUAAUAACAUUCCUGCCAUUGAAUCUCCUGGAGCAGUUCCAGCGGCUCGCGAACUUCUACUUCCUGUGCCUGCUGGUGCUACAGCUGAUCCCAGCUAUCUCGUCACUGACGCCCAUCACAACUGCCAUACCGCUGAUCGGUGUGCUUGCUCUCACUGCCGUUAAAGACGCUUACGACGAUUUUCAACGGCACCAGAACGAUUCGCAAGUGAACCACAGGCGAGCGAAGACCCUCAGGAAUGGGAAGCUCGUGGAGGAGAAAUGGGCGUCUGUUCAGGUGGGAGACGUCAUACGGCUGGAGAACGACCAGUUCGUCGCCGCCGAUAUACUGCUGCUUAGCAGCUCGGAGCCCAACGGCCUCUGCUACAUCGAGACGGCCGAGUUGGAUGGGGAGACAAACCUGAAAUGUCGUCAGUGCCUUCUGGAGACAGCUGCGAUGGGACAGGACGACGCACAACUGGGCGCGUUCGACGGCGAGAUCGUCUGCGAAACGCCCAACAAUCUACUUAAUAAGUUUGAUGGUACGCUAAGCUGGCGCGAACAGCACUUCUCGCUGGACAACGACAAGAUCCUGCUGCGCGGGUGCGUGCUGCGCAACACGUCGUGGUGCUACGGCGUCGUCGUGUUCGCCGGCAAGGACACCAAGCUGAUGCAGAACUCGGGCAAGACCAAGUUCAAGCGCACUAGCAUAGAUAGGCUACUCAAUUUUCUUAUUAUAGGGAUAGUGCUGUUCCUGCUGUCGAUGUGCGUGUUCUGCACGGUGGCGUGCGGCAUCUGGGAGUGGGUGGUGGGCCGCUACUUCCAGGUGUACCUGCCGUGGGACACGCUCGUGCCCGCCGAGCCGGCGCCCGGCGCGGCCGUCAUCGCGAUACUCGUGUUCUUCUCGUACGCGAUCGUGAUGAACACCGUCGUGCCUAUAUCGCUCUAUGUGUCCGUCGAGGUAAUAAGAUUUGCGCAGAGUUUUCUAAUAAACUGGGAUGAAAAGAUGUAUUAUGAGAAGACUGGGACCGCCGCCAAGGCGCGCACCACGACACUCAACGAGGAACUAGGUCAAAUCCAAUACAUUUUUUCGGACAAGACGGGUACGCUUACACAAAACAUAAUGACGUUCAACAAAUGUUCGAUAGCCGGAGUGUGUUACGGAGACGUCGUGGACGAACACACGGGAGAAACCAUCGAACUUACAGACAGCACAGAACCUCUGGAUUUUUCUGACAAUCCCGAGUACGAGCCGGAAUUCAAAUUCUUCGAUUCGAAGCUAUUGAAAGCAGUGAAACAAAGGGAUUCUAAUGUUCAUGAUUUUUUUCGUCUCCUUGCGCUAUGUCAUACUGUGAUGCCGGAACAAAAGAAUGGACGUCUCGAAUAUCAAGCCCAAUCGCCAGACGAAGCGGCGCUAGUGUCAGCCGCGAGGAAUUUCGGUUUUGUGUUCAGAGAGCGGUCGCCUAAUACUAUUACUAUAGAAGUUAUGGGUAAAACAGAGGUGUACGAGUUGUUGUGUAUAUUAGAUUUUAAUAAUGUAAGGAAGAGAAUGUCAGUGAUAUUGAAGAAGGAUGGUGAAAUUAGGUUAUAUACUAAAGGUGCUGAUAAUGUUAUCUACGACAGGUUAAAAAGUAAUUGUCAAGAUGAAGUUAAAUCUAAAACACAGGAGCAUUUAAAUAAGUUCGCGGGCGAGGGUCUCCGCACGCUGGCGCUGGCGUGGCGGCCGCUGGAGGAGCGCGGCUUCGCGGAGUGGAAGCGCCGCCACCAGGCCGCCGCGCUCGCGCUGCACGACCGCGACGAGCGCCUCGACGCCAUCUACGAGGAGAUCGAGACCGACCUGCUGCUCAUGGGCGUGACAGCGAUAGAAGACAAGUUACAAGAUGGUGUGCCAGAAACGAUAGCAAACCUUAGCAUGGCUGGAAUCAAAAUAUGGGUGUUGACUGGAGAUAAACAAGAAACGGCGAUAAACAUCGGCUACUCGUGCCAACUACUCACGGACGACAUGGCGGAGGUGUUCGUGAUAGACGGCGCGUCGCACGACGACGUCGACCGUCAGCUCGCCAAGUGCAGGGAUUCCAUACGCGUCGUCAACACUUUCCUGCCGCAUGGCAGCACGGAUCCAAAGAGCCGCGCGGCGAACGGCGCGGGCGCGCGCGCGUCGCCCGGCCGCGCCGCCAACGUGAAGCUGAACGCGCCCGCCGUGUCCGUCGUCACAUUUAGGUGGGGGCUCGCGCAAAGCAACGAGUACGCACACGGUGGCGCGGGCAGUGCGGACACGCACGAGCACAACAACGAUGACUCCAAUGGGUUUGCGAUCGUUGUCAAUGGACACUCGCUUGUACACUGCUUGCAUCCAAAGCUGGAAGAAAAGUUUCUAGACGUUGUGUUACAAUGUCGAUCGGUGAUCUGCUGCCGAGUAACGCCUCUACAGAAGGCCAUGGUGGUGGAACUGAUCAAGAAGAGCCGCAGAGCUGUCACACUCGCUAUUGGAGACGGAGCUAAUGAUGUCUCUAUGAUUAAAGCCGCCCAUAUCGGUGUCGGAAUAUCCGGCCAAGAGGGAAUGCAAGCGGUACUAGCGUCGGACUACUCGAUAGCGCAGUUCCGAUUCUUACAGCGACUACUGUUGGUGCACGGCCGGUGGUCGUACUACAGGAUGUGCAAGUUCUUGAGAUACUUCUUCUACAAGAACUUUGCGUUCACCGUGUGCCACUUUUGGUUCGCGUUUUUCUGUGGAUUUAGCGCUCAGACGGUGUUCGACGAGAUGUUCAUAUCGGUGUACAACCUGUUCUACACGUCGCUGCCCGUGUUGGCGCUCGGCGUGUUCGAGCAGGACGUGUCCGACGCGACCUCGCUGCAGUUCCCCAAGCUGUAUGCGCCGGGACAUACAAGCGAACUGUUCAAUAAGACGGAGUUCAUAAAGUCCACGCUGCACGGGUGUUUCACAUCGCUCGUGCUGUUUCUCAUUCCUUAUGGUACUUACAAAGAUGGAUUAGCGCCUGAUGGCAAAAUCCUAUCAGAUCACAUGUUGCUGGGAAGUGUCGUAGCUACGAUAUUAAUUAUAGACAAUACGACCCAAAUAGCGCUAGACACGACGUACUGGACGGCGUUCAAUCACAUCACGAUCUGGGGCUCGCUGGUGUCGUACUUCGUUCUGGACUACUUCUACAACUACGUGAUCGGCGGGCCCUAUGUCGGCUCGCUCACCGUUGCACUCACGCAGGCCACCUUCUGGUUCACGGCUGUACUUACUAUGAUGAUCCUGAUGGUGCCGGUGGUGUCGUGGCGGCUGGCGUGGUCGCGGCGGCGGCCCACGCUGGCGGAGCGGCUGCGCGCGCGCACGCGUUGGCGCCGCUCGGCCGCCGCGCCCGCGCCGCGCACGCCGUCCGCCCGCCGCGCGCGCCGCUCCGUGCGCUCGGGCUACGCGUUCGCGCACCAGGAGGGCUUCGGCCGCCUCAUCACCUCGGGCAAGAUCAUGCGCCGCAUCCCGCACGCCGACGCGGCGCUGUCCGCGCUGGCGUCGCUACCGGGCAAGUUCCACCCGCGGCCCUCCACGCCGCCGCCGUCCCCGCCCUCGCCCGCGCCGCCCUCCCCCUCGCCGCCCUCCCCGCCCUCGCCCCGCGCGCCCAAGCAGGACCUCGACUCGGUGGACUUAUGAGUGCCCCCAAGUGUCAGUAUUCGAAGCGAUCUCGCGGCGCCGCCGUCCCGGCCGGUGUUCUUUAAAAGACGAAGCGAUGUUUGUAAAUAGAGCGAGUUACAAACCGUAAUUUUUAAUAGACGGCAUAAUGUCGUCGAAACUCAUAUUGUGAUAAUGUUAAUAGUUAAAGGAUUCGUAUUAUAUUAUUGCCUAUAUUAAAUUAUAUUUGUUGAUCGAGAGUAUAUAUUGAUAGAUAUUUAUUAUGGUACGUACUAAGAUUACUCUUUUAUAUCGGAAGAUCGUAGCCGUUCCCCAUUGUUCCUUUGUGUAGACGACGUAGUUUCGUUAAGCGCGACCCAUCGAUUAGUUUUUGUUAGAUCGUCAACGUCGAAUGAAACAGUAUCGAAAAUUAUAUUUAAGUGAUCGUGAAAUUGUUACCAAAAUCGACGUAUUUUUUGUUUUCUUAUGUAUUUAGGCCCAGCCUUUCGGUUAAACCUUAGUCAUUUUUAGUUUGUUAGUUCACUCCUGAGCUUAAUGUUUUGUAUGCUUUUUAAUUAUUGUCGUCUGUGUCUGGAUCUUAGUAAAAUGUGCAUUUAAAAUAUCGUCAAUGUAGUGUGUAGUUAAGGUAGGAACACAUGAAUUAUGAUUGCUGUUAUUUAAAAUAAACUAAAUUUAUUUCUAACAAUGACUGCUUUUGCGUUGAAAUGUAUAAUGUUUGUGUGUGCGAUGUGUCAUGUGUCCCUUUAACUACAUACAAGUGCGAUCGAUAUUUGCUUUGGUAUCAAUCUUUUUUAAUAAAAGUUACUCUCUUAAA